UUCUCCCCUUCUCAUCCCCCACACAUUCUCGCUACCGUAUGUUGAUUCCGGUUCAUUUUUCCUGUGCCUGCAUUUACCUGUGUGUGCAAAUCGAAACGGGUGCUUAUUAAACUCCAGCCCUCCCGUCCGUGCAUUGUUUGCAGGACGUCUUAGGGGUCAUUUAGUGUUUCGCCUUGCUGCUUCCCGAUUGCCGCUUCCGCUAUAUUGUAACAGCCGCACCCCUUGGCCCUCCUUCCGUGCGAUAUCAGCAAGUUCGGCACCCACACACCGCGCCAAAACACCAACAACAUGGAGGAGCGCACCGGAACCGAGCGGAUCUAUGGCGGAUGCGAAGGACCGGACGCGAUGUACGUGAAGCUGAUCUCGUCCGACGGGCACGAGUUCAUCGUGAAGCGCGAGCACGCCCUUACCUCCGGCACGAUCAAGGCGAUGCUUUCCGGCCCGGGCCAGUUUGCCGAGAAUGAAGCGAACGAGGUCAACUUUAGAGAAAUACCCUCACACGUGCUCGAGAAGGUCUGCAUGUACUUCACGUACAAGGUGCGCUACACAAACAGCUCGACGGAAAUACCCGAGUUCCCGAUCGCACCGGAGAUUGCGCUCGAGCUCCUGAUGGCCGCCAACUUCCUCGACUGCUAGGGGGACCACGCGCGCGACCCGCUCUGUGGGUGUGAUAAACUCUCUGGUUUAUGUUUUUUUUUUCGGGGUUUCCAUCACCAUAUGCUGUUUUGGGUUUCCGUUUCCUUUUUUGUGUUAAUUUUUUUUUGUAUAAACCUAGGACCCUCCCCUCCCCUCCCCUCCCUUACUUUGAUUGAGCUGAUAAAACAAAACCAUAAAUAUACAUAUUAAUGACAAACAUCCAAAUAGAAUUGUAAUCCUUUCCCUAUAUAACUCUCUCUCUCUACUACAGUACAGGGUUUCUUAUAGUUGUAGGACUCUGAUUCUUUCUGAUGCGAAGUGAACUUUAUAGAAAAUGAACUCUAUGGCACCCUUUUUGGACAGGCUCCUAGCAAAUUCCUAUUGGAUGUGUCCAACAAGGGUGCUACAGAGUCCGAUUCCCAUUACAUUAAGUUGAUUUCAUGUAGGAAAGAGUCUAUAAAGUGUCCCACAGCUAUGAAAACUCCUGGAAAACCCUAUAAAGGCUCCUUUGCAUGUGUGUUAAUAUGCCGCGUAAUUGAUGUUGAAACUGCGUUCGUAUAAAAAAAACAAAUCUUAACUUAAAGCUAACUAUUAGCCAACAGAAUACGGAAUCUGAAUUUACUGCAAUUUAAUCUUCCCCUUUGACUCGGAAAAAGCCGCUCCUUCCAUUUCCGGCUCAUUCUUCUGAAAUACUCGAAGCAGAAAGUUUUUUUUUUGUGUUGUGAAAGGGACAAGGAUAAAUAUAGAAUAUUCGGUAGCCUAAAACACACCUGGAUAGACGCCUUAACAAAACGGGAGGUGGCUGAAGCUGUUGAUCAUCGGGUUGUUGUAUUGGUUCGAGCAAUAGUCAGCAGCAACUGACGAGGCAGCAUAGUGUGAGAGCCAACAAGAAGAAGGUGCAAAUUACAGUUUUCCCACUCCUAUAUGUGUGUGUGUGUGAGCGUGUAUAAAAUUAUCAGCUGGCAUUUUUCGUUUUCCGUUUCUUUUGUAUUAUGUUAAUUUCUCUGCUCUAUACCAUAAUAACGAUUUAUACGAGUAAUAAGAAUAAAAAUGAGUUUGUCGAAGAAAUUUGAUAAAAGGAAA